GUGUGCCAGGAAAGUACCUUUAUUUUAUAGUUCAUGGUUUCAUGUGGCUUGGAGUUGGCAUUGGGUGCACAAUCUUUGUAAACCAUGAGAAACUUUUUUUCGGUAUAAUCUGAUGGGCAAAAUUAUAGGGGUCUCAACUACCAAGGUAUCUUUUGGUGGGUGUCAGGUUGAUAGUGAUACUACAGCUUGAACGAGUGGCCACGUGAUGCCAUGUGCAUUUUGGAAUAUAAAUUCCGAACUGCACCGCCACUCGGCUCCAUUUGUUAACACGCUUUACUAUCAGAUGAUUGUUUUCCAAAGAUCCGUCAUAGUGUCAUCUCUUGUGGGGUUGGUUUAUCUUUUCUUUGUCACCAAUAGAAUCUUCCAUGGCCUGGUGCUUUGAUUUUAUACUCGUUUUUAAGCUUAUCUUAUAAGCCUUGGGAAUAUACUCCUAUUGUUUAUAACUUAAUGACUGGGAUAAGAAAUGUUUAGAUUUGAUUUUAUCCCAUGUAUUGAACUUUUCUUGGACGGUGAGCAGGCUGCCAACUAGAAAGGAAGGAACAUGAAUUAGGUGAAAGAAGCAAAGAAAAUUGCAUGCCUUGACUUGCUUUUCUAACUUAUGCUUUGUCUUGAUUCUACUAGCAAUGGAGGAUUGUUCAUGUGCUGGUUUGUUCUUUACUAGGGCAUCAUCUAUUUUACUUGUGCUAUGAUAUAUUGAUGUUCCUCGCAUUUGGCUUGAUCCCCCAUCCUCAUUAAGUAAUGAAAAGUACAGGUAAGGGAAAAACGAUACUUACUAACGCAGCAACUCGCUUGGUAUCAAUCUGUUGUCUACACUUCAUGUUUUAUACUUAUCACAAGUGUACGUAUCUACUGUCCAAAUACAUGCUUCUGCAGGAUUCUGUUGAUUCUUGAAAGAGAGCUGCCAAACAUAUUCUAGUAGAAAAAUAUUUGUUGGUUUAUGCUUAGUGAAUCAAAAAUUGCUGAACUUGAAGACAACCAAAUAUCAUGAUUUUCUCUACAGGGCAUCUGCUGUUAUGAUGGGAUUCGGAUGAUCUCUAUACUCUUGUGUCUAUAAUCUCUGAAAAUGAUCUGUUUAAGCUAAAAUAAUAUUUCUUUAAUAGUUCAAGUGCUAUUGAGCAGUAAAGGUCCAUAGUUCUUGAUUCCUUAAAUGGAAUUGCAGCAUGAAAAUAUGAAAUAUGAUGAACAAAUGAAACAAUGAAAUAUUAUCAGGUUGACGCAGCUAAGAUUGCCAAAGGGUAGAAAAUGGUACCUCAUGGAAAAAAUUCAAAUUUAUAUUUAUUUAUUAAAAGAGCAUAACAGAAAUUCAAAGGGCAUCAAAUGCUUUAACCUCUAAAUGUCUUUAGAGGGAUGCAUUUUUUUUUCCUGCAACAUCACUGCAGCAUCUCUUCUUAUUCAUACAAGUGUACAUAUUCAAAGACCUAAGUUGGCACAAUCUUCUUUUUUAUUAAUUUUCUUAUCUUUCCAACUUUAGAGGCAUCCAAUCAUUUUUAUUUGCAAUAUAUCAUCUUAAUUAUAUGAAACUUUCCUGCCACAUGCAAACCCAUUAGAGAUUCCCUGUAGGCAUCUUCAACCUCUUGAGAGGGAAUACAAAAUUAACAAUGCAAAUAAUAAGAUUAAAGAAAAAAGCAUUUUUAAAUCCUUCUUUUACUUGCUCUUUAUUGGUACUUCUUUUAUGUCUUCUAGUUAACUCAAAUUUCCUGAAACUGAAUGGUUCAAAUUGGAUGAUCUACAAGCACAAAAGUAAAGGCAAACUACAUGGGACAUGAAGCAAUUUAACUUUAGCAAGACACUUCACAUAAUUAAUGUCAAGCAAUGGAGAUCCGAUAAGGCUUUAUAUUGGUGGGAAAGAGUCUUUUUAGCUAAUCUAAUGCUUUCUGAAGCUUAUAUGUUCCUUCUUUUUCCAAAAGGGAAAUCAAGAUAUCCUUUUCCAGGUUUUUUUAAAGCAGGCGGCAAAAGUGACAAACACCAUAAUUUAUUCUUGCUAGGCAUAGAAGAGGUGUCAAUUAUGCCUUUUUUUAAUCCCAUAAUUUAAUUCUGCACACAUGGGCUAUGCAUGGCAGCAUUAUUCUCUUUGCACAUCUAUAAAUUUAGCUUCUUCCUCACAUGCGUCCCUUACCUUUCCCUGUCUAUUGCUUCCUGCCAUCCAAGCUGAUUUCUCUAAGUUCAAACUACUUUUGAAAUGGAUUUCCUUGGAAUUUAUCUGAUAACCCUCCUGGCCAUUUCCAAAAGAAUUCAUGCGUAUGCAGGUGGAUGGUCUAAUGGCCAUGCUACCUUCUAUGGAGGUGGUGAUGCUUCUGGUACAAUGGGAGGAGCUUGUGGUUAUGGAAACCUCUACAGCCAAGGCUAUGGGACGAACACUGCCGCAUUGAGCACUGCUCUAUUCAACAAUGGACAAACUUGUGGAGCAUGUUUUGAAAUCAGGUGUGUAAAUGAUGCCAGUUGGUGCCUACCAGGUUCCAUAGUUGUCACAGCAACAAAUUUUUGCCCUCCAAACAAUGCUCUCCCAAUCAAUGCUGGAGGCUGGUGCAAUCCUCCCUUGCAACACUUCGAUCUUUCUCAGCCUGUUUUUCAACACAUAGCCCAUUACAAAGCAGGAAUAGUCCCUGUUCAAUACAGAAGGAUUGCUUGUAGGAAAAUUGGAGAAAUAAGGUUUACUAUAAAUGGUCAUUCAUACUUCAAUCUUGUUCUUAUAACCAAUGUUGGUGGUGCUGGUGAUGUUGUGUCUGUCUCCAUCAAAGGAUCUAGAACUGGUUGGCAAUCAAUGUCUCGCAACUGGGGCCAAAAUUGGCAAAGCAACUCUUACCUUAAUGGUCAAGCACUCUCUUUUAAGGUCACAACAAGUGAUGGGCACUCUGUCAUCUCCAACAAUGUUGCUCCUCCCAACUGGGCUUUUGGCCAAACCUUCACUGGUAGACAGUUUUAGGUUUUUAUAGCCAGGGCCAAAACUAACCAAAAUCACUUAGAAAAAGACUUUGAAACCCCUACAGCCCCUAAUGGUAAUUAGUACUGAUAAAAGAUCUGUAUACUUUGAAACGUGAUGGUAUUUGUAAUAUAAUGACUAUGGUGUCAUACUCAUUGCAAAUGGGCCCUUUCAGCCAUGGCCCUAAAAUGCUUUUGUUGAUGUUCUUCACACCCUAUGAAAGGGUUGGUGUAUUGGUUUGAUGAAUGAUGAAAAGGGUCUCUGCCAAACCAUUUUUCAGGUUUGGGAGAUGAUCCCAUUGAGUGGAUGGGUGGUAUUAUUUAUAGUAAGGAGGAGAUUAUCUAAUAUUUCUAAUAA